CCUGAUCCACCUUUAGGCUUGCGUAUGGGAAUCACAGAUGAUGGUAACUUAAAGAUUUCUUGGUCCAGCCCAACAUUGACACCAUUUCCACUUCAAUAUCAGGUGAAAUAUUCAGAGAAUUCUACAGCAAUUAUGAGAGAAGUCGACGAGAUUGUCUCAGCCACAUCCCUGUUAGUAGACAGUGUGCUUCCUGGGUCUUCCUAUGAGGUUCAGGUGAGGGGCAAGAGGCUGGAUGGCCCAGGAGCCUGGAGUGACUGGAGUACCCCUCAUUUCUAUACCAUACAAGAUGUCCUAUACUUCCCACCUAAAAUUCUGACAAGUGUUGGGUCUAAUGUUUCUUUUCACUGCAUCUAUAAAAAUGAAAACAAGCUUGUUUCCUCAAAAAAGAUUGUUUGGUGGAUGAAUUUAGCAGAGAAGAUUCCUCAAAGCCAGUAUAGUGUUGUGAGUGACCGUGUUAGCAAAGUGACUUUUUGCAAUCUGAAUGCAACCAAACCUCGAGGAAAGUUUACCUAUGACGCAGUGUACUGCUGCAGUGAACAUGAAUGCCAUCAUCGCUAUGCCGAAUUAUAUGUGAUUGAUGUCAAUGUCAAUAUAUCAUGUGAAACUGAUGGGUACUUAACUAAAAUGACUUGCAGAUGGUCAACCAAUUCAAUCCAAUCACUCGUGGGAAGUACUUUGCAGUUGAGGUAUCAUAGGAGAAGCCUUUACUGUUCUGAUAUUCCAUCUAUUCAUCCAGUAUCGGAGCCCAAAGAUUGCCAUUUGCAAAAGGAUGGCUUUUACGAAUGCGUUUUUCAGCCCAUCUUUCUAUUAUCUGGCUAUACAAUGUGGAUUAGGAUCAAUCACUCUCUGGGCUCACUUGACUCUCCACCAACAUGUGUCCUUCCUGACUCUGUGGUGAAGCCACUGCCUCCACCUAGUGUGAAAGCAGAAAUGACUGUAAACAUUGGGUUAUUGAAAAUAUCUUGGGAAAAGCCAAUCUUUCCAGAGAAUAACCUUCAGUUCCAGAUUCGUUAUGGCUUAAGUGGAAAAGAAGUACAAUGGAAGAUGUAUGAGGUUUAUGAUGCAAAAGCAAAAUCUGCCAGUCUCCCAGUUCCAGAUCUGUGUGCAGCCUAUGCUGUUCAGGUGCGCUGUAAGAGGCUAGAUGGACUGGGAUAUUGGAGUAAUUGGAGCAAUCCGGCCUACACAGUUGUCAUGGAUAUAAAAGUUCCCACAAGAGGACCUGAAUUUUGGAGGAUAAUUAAUGGAGAUAUGACAAAAAAGGAGAAAAAUGUCACCUUACUGUGGAAGCCCCUGAUGAAAAAUGACUCAUUGUGCAGUGUGAGGAGAUAUGUGAUCAACCAUCAAACUUCCCGCAAUGGAACAUGGGCACAAGAUGUGGGAAAUCACACCAGAUUCACGUUCCUGUGGACAGAGCCAGCGCAUACUGUUACGAUCCUGGCCGUCAAUUCAGUGGGUGUUUCUGUGGCAAAUUUUAAUUUAACCCUCUCAUGGCAUAUGAGCAAAGUACAUAUCGUGCAGUCAUUCAGUGCUUAUCCUUUAAACAGCAGUUGUGUGAUUCUUUCCUGGAUGCUAUCACCCAGUGAAUACAAACUAAUGUAUUUUAUUGUUGAGUGGAGAACUCCUAAUGAGGACAAUGAAAUAAAAUGGCUUAGAAUCCCUUCAUCUGUUAAGAAGUAUUACAUCCAUGAUCAUUUUAUCCCCAUUGAGAAAUAUCAGUUCAGUCUUUACCCGAUAUUUGUGGAAGGAGUGGGAAAACCAAAGAUAAUUAAUACUUUCAUCCAAGAAGACAUUGAAAAACACCAGAAUGAUGCUGGUCUCUAUAUAGUUGUACUGAUAAUUAUUUCCUCUUUGGUCUUAUUGCUUGGAACAUUGCUAAUAUCACACCAGAGAAUGAAAAAGCUAUUUUGGGAAGAUGUUCCAAACCCCAAGAAUUGUUCCUGGGCACAAGGACUUAAUUUUCAGAAGCCAGAAACGUUUGAGCACCUUUUUUUCAAGCAUACAGACUCAGUGACUUUCGGUCCUCUUCUUUUGGAGCCUGAAACCAUUUCAGAAGACAUCAGUGUUGAUGCCUCAUGGAAAAAUAAAGACGAGAUGGCGCCAGCAACUGUGGUCUCUCUGCUCUUGGCAACUUCAGAUCUUGGAAAGCGUUCUUUUUGUGCUAGUGACCAGUGCAACGGUGCUAACUUCUCUGAUGCUGAGGGCACCGAGGUAACCUGUGAGGACGAAAGCAGGAGACAGCCCUCUGUGAAAUAUGCCAUGCUGGUCAGCAACUCCAAAUCAAGUGAGACGGAUGAAGAACAAGGACUUAUAAAUAGUUCAGUCAGCAAGUGCUUCUCUAGCAAAAAUUCUCCCUUGAAGGAUUCUUUCUCUGACACCUCAUGGGAGAUAGAGACCCAGGCAUUUCUUAUAUUAUCAGAUCAGCAUCCCAAAAUAAUUUCACCGCAUCUUACCUUCUCGGAAGGACUGGAUGAACUUUUGAAAAUGGAGGGGAAUUUCCCUGAGGAAAAUCAUGAUGAAAAGUCUGUCUAUUAUUUAGGAGUCACCUCGGUCAAAAAAAGAGAGAGUGAUGUGUUUCUGACUGAUGCAUCAAGGGUAUUGUAUCCAUUCCCAGCCCACUGUUUAUUCACUGACAUCAGAAUCCUCCGGGACAGUUGCUCACACUUAGUAGAAAAUAAUUUCAACUUAGGUACUUCUGUUAAGAAGACUUUUGUAUCUUACAUGCCUCAGUUUCAAACUUGUUCCACUCAGACUCAUAAGAUAAUGGAAAACAAGAUGUGUGACCUAACUGUGUAAUUUCUUUGAAGAAACCUUCAGAUUUGUGUUAUAAUAGGUCAUAUAAAGUGUCAUAUAUUACUUUACAGUUGUGAAUGGGAGAGAGAAAAGAAACCAGUUAGAGAAUUAGAAAAUAUUUGUUCCAA